AAAAGAGCAGCACUACUUUCAAAAAACAUGGAGCAGCACACCUACCACGAGCCUGUGCUUGUUGGCGCACGCCUCACAGACUCCAAGUGUUCGACCAUGUCCUCAGCGGCAUUACAGCCGACCUCCGGCGACUGCCCAGGAGGAGGUGCGCCGCACAUCGUCCUCCUCCCGAGCGCCGGCAUGGGCCACCUGGUCCCGUUCACCAGCCUCGCGAUCGCCCUGUCCACGGGCCAUGGCUGCGACGUCUCCCUCGUGACGGCCCUGCCCACCGUGUCGUCCGCGGAGUCCCGCCACAUCGCUGCGCUCUUCGCCGCCUUCCCUGCUGUCCGACGGCUGAAACUCUGCCUCGCCUCGUUCGACGCGUCGACGUCAUCCGAGUUCCCUGGUGCCGACCCGUUCUACGUCCGCUAUGAGUCCUUGCGCCGCUCCGCGCCCCUUCUCCUCGGCCCGCUCCUCGCCGGCGCCAGCGCGUCGGCACUCGUCGCUGACAUCGCCUUGGCCUCCGUGGCUAUACCCGUGGCCAGAGAGCUUCGCGUCCCCUGCUACGUCUUCUUCACCGCUUCCAUCACUAUGCUCUCCUUCAAAGCCUACUUCCCCACCUACCUCGACGCUAACGGAGCCGGACACGGCAUCGGUGACGUGGAUGUCCCCGGAGUGUACCGCAUCCCCAAGUGCUCCGUCCCACAGGCGUUGCACGAUCCCUACAACCUCUUCACCCGGCAGUUCGUCGCGAAUGGCCGGGCCCUCACGGAAGCCAACGGCCUCCUGGUCAACGCCUUCGACGCCUUGGAGCCGGAGGCCGUCGCGGCUCUGCAGGGUGGCUCCGUGGUCACCGGUCUCCCGCCGGUGUUCGCCGUGGGGCCUCUUGUUCUGGUGAACCUUCGUGAGGCAGGGGAGGCUGCGAAAGAACAGGGGAAUCAUUACAUGGCGUGGCUCGACAGGCAGCCGGCGCGGUCGGUGGUGUACGUCAGCUUCGGCAGCCGCAAGGCAUUAGCCAGGGACCAGAUCGGCGAGCUCGCCGCCGGGCUAGAAGCAAGCGGCUGCCGGUUCCUGUGGGUGGUGAAGGGGGCCGUCGUGGACAGAGACGACGCGGCCGGGCUCGGCGACCUGCUCGGCGAGGGAUUCUUAGAGCGGGUGGAAGGACGAGGCCUCGUGACCAAGUCGUGGGUGGAGCAAGACGUGGUGCUGAGGCACCCCGCCGUGGGGCUGUUCGUGAGCCACUGUGGGUGGAACUCGGUGACGGAGGCGGCGAGCAGCGGCGUUCCGGUGCUGGCAUGGCCGAGAUUCGCGGACCAGCGGGUGAACGCCGGCGUGGUGGCUCGGUGCGGGGCCGGCGUGUGGGUGGAGCGCUGGAGCUGGGAGGGCGAGGACGGGGUGGUGGGCGCCGAGGAGAUCGCGGAGAAGGUGAAGGCCGCGAUGGCAGAUGAGAAGGUGAUGGAGAAGGCUGCGAGCGUCCGCGAGGCGGCAGCAGCAGCUGUGGCGGACGGCGGCACGAGCUAUCGGAGCCUGGCUGAGUUCGUGCGGCGGUGCCGGGACGGAACUGCUGCCAGCAAUGCGCCGUGAGAAGCGUGCUCGAAAUGAUUAUGAUUAUUAAGAACGGAGUGGCCGUUCGAUUUGUCCUUGGCGGUAAUCAGUUCUUGUCGGCAGUUAACUCUCUUGUUCAUGAUCUGCGUUAUCCACUAGAAAUACCGUCCCUUUCCUUUCGUGAGAUCGGUGUGGACAAUACAGAAGAUGAGAAAUAUAAGUAGCGAAACAUUGG